CCGCCUCUGUCUUCUCCAGCAUUUUUCUCUCCUGUCUCUCUUCUCCCUCCCUCUCAGAAGCUAGAAAUGGAAGAGCCUCUUCUCUCAGAUAUAGAGAAGGAGAAAUGGAGUUCGUAUCAGUACGUCGGAAGGAGCGGUUCCGUGCUUCCGACGCCUUCGCCGGCGGUUGCCGAACUAAGCGUCGAGGAAAUCCGAUCCGCUUCAGCCAUCUCCGACCUGUAUCCGCCUUCAAUCCAUGGCGCUUUGAUCAGCUCACCUGAACCUGAGCCCAACGAGCAAGCACUUGUUUUUCAUGGUGGAAUUGGAGGUGUUAGUCAAAACACUUUGAAGGAAAUUGGGAGGCAAGUCUUGGAUGAGGUGGAAAUUCGGGAGUUACUCAUUGAUCAUGUUGGGCAUCGUUGCUGUUGGGGAAGUCGUCCGGCUCGGAAAUGGAAAAUACAUGCAGUGGAAGACUGCAACGUCUAUGUGGGAACUUUAGAAACUUUUAUAGAGGAGAGAGAAAUUUUAAGAGAAACUGAGCCAUACCUUGGCAUAAAAAUUGAUGGCAAGGAUAAUGGACCUGAGCUAGGGAUAUGGGAAUUGGAUCUGAGGUCGGAGUUCCCACUUCUUUUUAUACCUCACAAAGAAACCAGGUCUAAAGUUCCCCAUUCCGAAAAUAUUGAGAGAUGUUCAGAUUGUGAAGGACGUGGGGAGAUCACCUGUCCUACAUGUAAUCCUGGUCAAGAACCUGGAUUUUACAAGGAAAAUCAGAUGGCCCAGUGUGCUGCUUGUUAUGGGAGGGGUUUGAUUGCUCAUAGAGAUGGCUCUGAUACAAUGUGUGCAAAUUGCGGCGGCAAGGGAAAGCUUCCAUGUACAAUGUGUGGAUCUCGUGGGCUUGUGAAAUGCGGCAAGUGUCAAGGAAAAGGUUCUCUUGUAACACGAAAUGUCGCCAUUGUUAGAUGGAGGACACUGCCAACCCGGAAAGUAUAUGCAACCAGUGGUGCUGCCUCGGUUCCAGACGAGGUGUUCCACAGAGCCAAAGGGGUCCAGCUGUGCAACACGCAGGCCUACCAAUGCACCCCUGCCUUCUUUGCUGACUCGUUUCUCCUCAACAAGUUCUCCUCUGAUGUUAUUGCGGACAGGCCACCGAUCCCUCCCACCGCAAGGGUCAUAUGCGAGCGGCAUGCCAUCUCCGUCGUGCCAGUUACUCGUGUCACAAUGGCACAUCGUCGCCGUUCAUUCAGUUUUUAUAUCAUCGGACUUAGCCGAGAGGUCUACAUCAAGGACUACCCUUCAAGGUUUUGCUGGGGCCUCUGUCCUUGUUUGGAUUGGUUGAGAAUAUAGCAGAUCUAGUAGAGGAAUUAUAUGAUGUGGCCCACAUCUUCCCAUGGUAUACAUGUGUUUCAAUUUUGAUAAGUAGGGCCCAUGGUUCACUCUUCCGUAUCAUUGAUUGUUGAGCCUCAUCUUGAAUGGAGCAUGCCCCAAAAAUCUCGUCGACUCUUUAAGAUCCCAACUUUUCAAUUGAAUGUGGAUCCUUGUUGUAUUUCUCCCCAAUGGAAAGGUUAAAGAUUGUCCUAUCAAGGAGAUUUUUAAGGCACAAUCCAUCUGAUAGGGCACAACAAAUGGUCUGGAUUACUGAACCAUAGGCCCGACUUGUUUGAACUGAAAACCUGCAUAUGCUGUAUGUGGGCCUCUGAUUGUAUAAUUCCUCAAAUCUACAAUCCUGAUGAAAGUGGAGGACUGAAGUUCUUUGUUCAUAUCAUGUUCUUUACUCUAUGCUUGUGUCCAUGGUUUAAGACUUGGGAACUCAGACUGAUGGGUUAGUCCCGAGCUGAGUUGGAUCAGGCUGAGUCACCCUAUAUUCAGUUCUGAACCUGAUCGGGUCCCACCGAGCGUCUCCUAAAACCUUGCUUGUAUGAGUUGUAUUGAUUGUUUUGGUGUGAAAUUUUGUUUUCGUUUUUGUUUCUGCUGUGGGACUUUGUGUAUUUAUAUAUGCAAAUGGUUUUCAUUGUUGAGGUUC